UUUUGUUCUUUGUCUUUAGACACUGAGGUGGUGCUGCAGUGCAUAUCAAUGCUUAGAUGUUGUAACUCAGCUCCUGCCUUAUCAAGCAACCAUGUCAGAAGGGGACAGUAUUGGUGAGUCUGUUCAUGGAAAGCCUUCUGUGGUCUAUCGAUUUUUCACAAGACUUGGGCAGAUCUACCAGUCCUGGUUAGACAAAUCUACUCCAUAUACUGCAGUGCGAUGGAUCGUAACUUUGGGUCUGAGUUUUAUCUACAUGAUUAGAGUUUAUUUACUGCAGGGUUGGUACAUUGUGACAUAUGCCUUGGGAAUCUACCAUCUAAAUCUCUUUAUAGCUUUCUUGUCGCCAAAGGUAGAUCCCUCUUUAAUGGAAGAUUCAGAUGAUGGUCCUUCCUUACCUACAAGGCAAAAUGAAGAAUUUCGGCCUUUCAUUAGGAGGCUCCCAGAGUUUAAAUUCUGGCACUCGGCCACUAAAGGCAUCCUGGUUGCUAUGGCAUGUACAUUCUUUGAGGCUUUCAACGUUCCUGUUUUUUGGCCAAUCCUUGUGAUGUACUUCAUUAUGCUGUUUUGUAUCACUAUGAAGAGGCAAAUCAAGCAUAUGAUAAAGUACAGAUAUAUACCCUUCACACAUGGCAAGAGGAAAUACAAAGGGAAAGAAGAUGUGGGAAAGACCUUUGCUAGCUAGAAGGUGCAAUCAACCUUUUGACCAAUUCUGCUUACAACUAAAGGAACGAUUUUUGAGCCAUUGUAACAAUGCCUUUUUUCUUCAUAAAAAUGAUUGAGUUGUGACAAAGCAGUUGAAGUUUCAUUUUCAGAGGAUCUCGCUACUUUUAUCUGAAGUAUCAGUUGCUUGAAGAAACUGGCAUUCUAACCAACUUGCUUUGAGUUUAUCUUUUGUAAGAAGUUGGAGAAACUUUGGGUAAUCCCCUGGAUUUGGGAUAACGAAUUUCUUUCAGGAUCCAUUGCACUGGAGAGACGAAUGGCUUUGAGUUUGAUGUUUUUACAUAGUUCUUCUCAGUAUCACCCUGAAGUGCUGUGCACGUAUGUAGGAGAAAGGUGGCACACAUGAUGCUGUUUUCUGCUUCAUGGCCAUGUGCUAUUUUCAUAUAAAAAUUCAGCAGAUCUAAAUAGAUGCCAAUUUGCUAAAUGCAUGGUAUUACUGAGUCAUAAAUAUAAAUAGAAAAAGAAAUCUACAAAUGUAAGGAUUUUGCAGUAGGGAGAAAAACACACACAGCUUCUAAAGUAACUCAUUUCUGUUAGGUUUCAAUGCCAGUUUCACCAUUACACCUCCCAGCAGAUGCUAAAAUUGGGUUUUUUCAUGAUGACUCAAAGCUUUGUUCAAAAUCUAUUCCAAUUUCCUUUGAGGACCUGGAAUUAUAAAUAUAUAUAUUUUAAUUGUUUUAGUUGGAAUUUCUUUCAUACCUAAGGGUUUCUUGAUUAACUUAAGCCAACUUCGUGCAGCCCCUUCAGAAUAUACUCCAACUGGCCACAGGAGACAAACUUUGUGAGUUUUAAGAAAGAUUUUCAUUUUCUAUAGUUAAAAAAAAAAAGUCAGAUAAAUGACCUGCAUGUAAACUUUUUCAUGUGAUACGACUGCAGUUUUAUUAAGUGACUUUUUAAUUCCAAAAUUUAUUAAAAGACAGUGUCCCCCUUU